UGUCCAGUUCCUCAUCAUUGGAAGGAGUAAGUGUUACUCCAUCCUCAGUCAUUGAGCAGCUUUCGAGUGAAGUGUUUCAGAAGAAGGCAACCAACAAAGUCAGAAAAAUACUGAUCAAAUCUGUCAAUCUCUUCCCCAGCGAAGUCGGUUCAAGCCAGAAAGAUUCUCAUAUGUCGCCAGCAUUAUCCACCAUUUCCUCAAAGCAUACAGAUUCAGUUGCUAAUGAAAUUAUUGGAUCAAAUGCAAAUGAUAUGAAGAGCAUUUUCCUGCUCACAGAGUCUCCUACUACUCUAUGGCAGGCAGACUCUAUGCUUCAACUGAGUGAUGAGAAACCCUCAGAAGACACGAAUGCUGCAGCUGUAAGCCCCCAGACUGGUGUGGAAGUAUCUGAGAAGAAAAUGUGGAUAACUGCAAAGACUAUUUACCACAAUAUGAAGGCAAAGAUGAGGAAUUAUUUCUCAUUCCAAAGACAAGCCAAAGCAACGAAGGCAGAGUGGGAAUUUUCACUCCCUGGCACUCCCAUUCCUUCUGAGUUACCUGUGAGUCCUGCUCAGCCCAUUGUAAGAUGCUCAGUCAUUGACAUGAGCAAAUCUACUAAGCCAAAAACAAUGGUGUGUGAUGCAAGAAUAAGCAUGUUUGCCAUAGCCGAUACUAUCAUGAAGAAGGAAUAUCCAGAGGCAGAAGGGCAGGUUACGUCUCACCCUGAUCUAACAGAUGCAAUAGCUAGAUUGGAGGAGCUCAUAUCUCAGGGUAGGAUUGGUGCUCUCUCCCGUGAUCUCAGUCACCAAGUCAACCGCAUCAUUUCUGAUAGCAACUUGACCCCUCUGGGACUGACAGUGGCGGCUGGAAAGAGUGCAUCUGAUACCAUCCUUUCGAAUCUGAAGAGGAAUGACAUGUUGGGGAAGCCCACAACUUACGAGCUGGUUCAGCUGUUUGUAGAGGAGUCUGUUAAGUGCCUCCUGCUUCCUAGUUUUGUGCCCUAUUCAACUUCAAUGACUUUGGUUCAGGGGGCCAAGGUGUUGGCUAGAGUGUCUGAAGAUAGAAUUUCAUGCUCUUCUUCUUCAUCAGUAUUUAGUGACACAGUCAGUCUCUUUACCAAAGUUAUGGUAAGCCAGGUCAUGUACUCUGUGGAUUCUGAUGCAGAAAGUAGAGGAUCCUCUCCAACUGAAUCUCUCCAAACAUCUGAAACCACUAUAUCUGAUGUAGGCAAUCGCCUUCUGGCGUCAUUAUGGCAACAAGCGAGACCUCCAAUGCAGCACAAAUCUUAAAGGCCAACAUUGAUGGAGAGGAAGUGGAUACCACCAGUCAUUCUGGUGUAGCUCAAAACAUUGUCUGGGACGAUAUGUCAACCAGCCCAGACAUGGUCAAAGAUGUCCCACUUCCAACCCCAUCCUCUGAUAACUUGGGCAGUGAUGACGACGUCACCGGCCUCAUCAGCAUGUUAGUAAUGAGAAUUCUAACAAAAAUCCAAACCCCAGCAGAAGAUUACCCAGUUGACAUCACACGCAAGUCACAAGACCUGAUCCCCAAAGUUAUGGAGGUCUUCUGUGCAUGGUCAGGCUGCUCUGAGACACAAGCCUAUCCAGAGACCUUGAGGAUUCAUAAAGUCUACAGAGUCGUCUAUAAAAAUCUGUUGGGGGAGUUUGGCUCUGAGAAAAUCCUCCAACAGGCCUUGUCGACUCAGGACUCUUCAUUUGAUAGGAUUUGAGUGAAGCGCUUCUCCACAGAUGUAAUGAGGCAUUGAGGGCAGCCUCAAGAACAUCAGUCAAAACCACCGGGCCUCAGGCUCUUCCACUGGCUGAGGAUGUGAGGGCAAGCAGCGGGAAAUGAUCUUUUCUACAAAGGCUGGUCAGGCUGACAGGCAACUUAAAGGUACAGCAAACAUAUUUAAAUGAACAGUUGUGGGAGAUAAUGUCAGUAAACAAUGCUAUUCAGUGUAAAAAAUAUAAAACCGUCCAUUCAUUCCAAAACCAAUCAUAAAUGUUGUUGUGCUGGUGUGGUAGGUGUGAUUGUUAUCAUCAUGAGGUUGUUCAGCUGUGACAUUUCUUUAAACAUGUUUUUGUGUUUAAAUACUUAGCUAUUCAAGAAGGGGAACAAGAAGGAUUCCCACCACUCUGAGUCAGAACAAGUACAGACCACUGCUGAAGAUGGCAUGCUGCCCAGCAUAGUGCCACAUGCUGCCAUGUCUGCACUGCCAAAGGAUCUCCCCACCGGCUCCCAACAGGAGACGCCUCACAAACGUCCACUUCUCGUCAGGAUGUUUUCUGCCAUCUCCAAAGGCCUGUUCAAGCCCUUCAAACAGUCCUUAAAGACCAAGUAACUUAAGACAAUUUAUUAAACGUCAUUCAUUGC